AUGAAGCUCAAACACUAAAAUUCGAAAAAUCAUUACGCUAAUUUGGGCAAGGCAGCUUACUGCUCAGUUGGGUUCCUCAUUCUUUACACAGCUUUGAACCCUACAUAGAACGUAUAUACAUAGAUCAUGUCUAGCAACAACUAUGAUAAACUGGGCUUUUUUUGCUUUGCUUUGAACUCACUGUUCUAUGGCUUAGGCUGCUUAUCAGCAUCAUAUAUAGUAGACAGAUUAGGCGUGAAGUUUUGUCUAUCAAUUUCAGCAAUUUCUGAUACUGUAUGGAUAUUAGCUAUUAUACCUCCUGCAUUAUCUUCUGAUAAAACAUCUGAUGAUGAUAUGUUUUAUACAAGCGAUGGCUUUAUUUAUACGACAUAAAUAUUAAUUCAAAUAAUUCAAGGCUUUUGUCUCGGUCUUAAAUGGGUUGCUGGUAGUAAAUACAUUUCAGAAUGUGCUACAGAGGAAACAAAAGGCUUUUAUUUUAGCUUUUACUGGGGAUUGUUUAUGGUAUCAAUGGUCCUUGGCAGUUUGAUAGCAGCUUUUGUUUCAAUCUAUUUUGAAUAGGCAACAUAUCUUCUAUUUAUGGCUGGGAUUGCUGCGCUAUCUGUAAUAAUUUUCGCUACUCUGACCAAACCUAUUCCCUAAGAAAGAUAUUUACUGGUAGAUAAUGAUGAUUAUCAGAGUGAAAAAGAAAAAAUAAUACUCCAAAAAAGUGAUAGUUUAUAAAUCAAUGGAGCUAAUAAUGGCAGCUAAGAAAUUCUUCAGCAAGAUGUAAAACAUGAUUAAUAAAAUAACACCAACCAUAAUAAUAAAAUAGUGACUGUUUAAAAUUAAAAUGUUGCAGUAACUCCGAUAUCGUUUAGAUAAGAGUUAAAAGAAGUUCUACUCCUCAUAAAAUCAAAAAGAAUGCUGCCUUUGAUACCAUAGCUAAUAUGGGUGGGCAUAAGUAUUGCUGUUUAUUCUGGGAUAUUUGUUAUUAUAAUCAUUGAUACACAAACUAAGGGAGAUGACUAGUAAAAAUUUUCUAACUCAAUGCUUGCAUUGGUUUCAUUAGGAGCUGGUGAAAUAGCAGGUAGUAUUCUUUCAGGCUGGAUGAUAGAUAAAUAUGGAAAUAAAAAGACUGUUAUAAUGAAUAUUUUCUUAGUUUUUAUUCAAACUUGUCUGAUGAUAGCUUUCUUGAUAGAAUAUAAGUAUUCCUGGUUAACUUUUGUUUUGACAUUUACUUGGGGUUUCAUUGGGUGA